CAUACCUCCAGUCAAGCCGACAAGAUGAGAGCCAAGUGGAGAAAGAAGCGCGUACGAAGACUCAAGCGUAAGAGGAGAAAGACGAGGGCUCGCUCCAAAUAAACUACUCGCCCCUCAAUCUCAGCUCACACCGAUCUGAAUUCUGAACGCCACACAAUGGGCCGACAAUAAAACCAAUGCUUCUUCUCCGGACCUCCGGUCACUUCAACGACUUGUCAAUAUCAACCACCAUCGCAAGCGGCCGUUUUCGAGCUAGCUUAUCUGAGGUCAAAAUUGCGGGAGGAGAUUCAUUGCCAGGAUUCUGGGCGGGCUCCGAGGGAGCUGGUCAACCUACCAAGUUGAGGAUGUCGCAGAGAGUUUGUUUGAACAGACUACCGAAUUCAAAACGUUUUCCCAAAUCAUUUUCCCUAACACCGACUCGUCCUUCGUCCUAAUAUUGGGGGAAGUGGCCAGUCUUUGGGCAGUGUAUUUGCCAUGUGGAUUUAACU